AUGGCCCUCGUCUUCCAGGUCCCCAACUCGCUCGCGCCUCCCAUCAUCGGCCCGCGCGGCAGCGCCGUCCGCCGCCUCGUCCAAGAGUCGGGCGCCACCAGCAUCCACCUGAGCAACCAGGACGCUGCCUCGCCCGACCGGCGGUGCAGCAUCCGCGGCGAGUCGGUGGCCGCCAUGUGCCACGCCUUUGACGGCUGCGCCGCCCUACUCCGCGCCGAGUGCGCGCGAAUCGGCCGCAGCGACGCGACCCGGCGCGUCCGCUUUGUCGUGCCUGAGGCAACGUCGCUGCUCGGCGAGGCGGCGCUGGCGAGGCUGCGAGGCGCCGGCGUGGCGACGGAGCUCUCGCCGCGCGCCGCGGGCGAGGGCCCUGCUGCUCGCGAGCUGACGCUCUGUGGCGACGCGCCGUCCCUCUCUGCUGCCGCGGCGCUGCUGGUCGAGGCGAUCCUCUCCAGGCAUGGCCAGCGGCUGGGCAGCUUCCUCUCGCGCUGGUCGUUUGUGACCGAGUACAAUGACCACUUUGAGACGCCGCGGCGCGCGUACGCGGACAUCCUCCCUCUCCUCGCCGCCGCUUCGCCGCUCCCUCCAAAGCGGGACGGGGGCAGCGCCCCAGAGGCGGAGGCGCUGGCGGCGGCGCUGGGCGUGCGCCGCGAGAGGGUUCUCAACCGGAACCGCGACUUUUACGCGGACAUCGCGACGGGCCAGCUGCCGCAGUACGACGUCCUCCUCACCAACCCGCCCUACUCUGGCGACCACAAGCAGAGGCGCGGCGUGGCCCUGCCUUGCUCCCUGCCCCGCCGCAGCGUGCCCCUUCUUCUCCCGAGUCCCGAGCCAGAGGCGAGGGACUGCAACGCCCCCUUCCCCGCCAGGCUGCUCCGCUUCCUGGCCAGCGACGGAGACAUGCGCGGCGCGCCCUUCCUGCUUCUGCUGCCCGCCUGGGUGUGCGAGAAGGACUACUGGAACGCGUUCCUCGAGCGGCUCGCGACACACCGCGCUGCAGGAGGCGGCGGCGGCGGCGGCGACGGUGGUGGCGGCGGUGGUGGCGGUGGCGACGGUGGUGGCGGUGGCGGCGGUGCGGGCGACAGCAGCGCCGCGCAUUCCUCCGGCGAGUGCUGCAAGCGGCGGCGCAGGCGGAGGGUGGGGGAGGGCGGGCUGGAGAGGGCUGCGGGCGUCUUCUACGUCCGCCCCUCGGCGACUGGGAACAGCGCGAGCCCCUUCCACGCCGUCUGGUUCUGCGGCGGGUGGGCGACCGAGGGCGCGCGCCGACGCGCGAUGCGCGCGCUGCGGCCGAGCAGGAGGCUGCGAGAGGUGGAGGUGUUUCGCUCGGCGAAGAUGCUGCGCCGCCGGGGGCUGUGA